AUGAGACUGUACACUUGCAGGUUCAUAAAUGCUCGGAGGCGAAUCGUACAGCCGAUGAUCGAUCAGAGCAAUCGAGCGGGUCGACCAAACGGCGUAAAUGUUUUCAAGAAUCGAAGGAGAAAGAGCAGUGGACAGAGUCCCGGUCCAUCACCAGACCUUCUUGGCGUGACGCAUAAUUACAGUCCCGACAAUGGACAGUUGGCAGCUGCGGCUGGUUAUCCUGCACAAGCGAUGUUCCCAGGAAAUCCAUACGCGGCCGGCAUGGGUCAUCCGGCCUUCACAAAUCCUGCGUUAGUUUUUGCGUCACUAUUUCUUUAUGCAUUAACGGGGCACAUGUUCAUGCCGGGCCCAAUGAGUCAUAUGAUGGCG